AUGUGUCUUUUAGUACUAAUUGAGAAAAAGAAUUUACAAUAGGUACAACUGCUAAAUACCCGCUUUGAUAGCCAAUAUAGUUGUAUGAUAAAUCUUGAUAAACCUAGUUAGAUGUCUAAUUUUCGCUCCAUCAUACCUGUACCAUAAGCAAGACUUGCAGCAAAAUUUGAAAUUUAAGAGCCUUUAGUUAAAGUAUAAACUUAAUAAGGAAAGGAAAUUCCCAAUUAAGAGGUAAUUCCAAAAACAAAAUAAGUAGGAUCUAAAGGAUAUUUUAAUGAAAAAUUAAUAUCUAAUGCUUCCUGA